AUGGAUUCUGAGCAGCGGCCCGCGGCAGCAACGGCGGGUGCAGGAGACGGAGGCACCCUGGGGCUGGAGGCGGCCCCCCCGCCUGCCCCCGGCCCGGCUACCGCCGUCCCAGGACCCUCGCCCGUUCCGGGGCCCGAACUAGGGCCCGGGCCGAUGCGGCGGCAGCUCGGGGCCCUCCUCCAGCCAGCCGUCAACAAGUUCUCCCUCCGGGUAUUCGGUAGCCACAAGGCGGUGGAGAUAGAGCAGGAGCGGGUCAAGUCAGCCGGAGCCUGGAUCAUCCAUCCCUACAGCGACUUCCGAUUUUACUGGGACCUGAUCAUGCUACUAUUAAUGGUGGGGAAUCUUAUUGUCCUCCCCGUGGGCAUCACCUUUUUCAAGGAGGAAAACUCCCCACCCUGGAUUGUCUUCAAUGUCCUCUCCGACACCUUUUUCCUGCUGGACCUGGUGCUGAACUUCAGGACAGGGAUUGUGGUGGAAGAAGGAGCAGAGAUUCUCCUGGCUCCUCAAGCCAUCCGAACUCGCUACCUCCGCACCUGGUUUUUAGUGGAUCUCAUCUCCUCCAUUCCAGUGGACUACAUCUUCCUCGUGGUGGAGUUGGAACCACGAUUAGAUGCUGAGGUUUACAAGACAGCCAGGGCCCUUCGAAUUGUCCGUUUCACCAAGAUCCUCAGCCUUCUGCGGCUGCUCCGCCUCUCCCGCCUCAUCCGAUACAUCCACCAAUGGGAGGAGAUCUUUCACAUGACCUAUGACCUGGCCAGUGCUGUGGUUCGGAUCUUCAAUCUCAUUGGGAUGAUGCUGCUGUUGUGUCACUGGGAUGGCUGCCUACAAUUCCUGGUCCCAAUGCUCCAGGACUUUCCUCCUGACUGCUGGGUUUCCAUCAACCACAUGGUGAACCACUCGUGGGGCCGUCAAUAUUCUCAUGCCCUCUUCAAAGCCAUGAGCCACAUGCUAUGCAUAGGCUAUGGGCAACAAGCACCUCAGGGCAUGCCAGAUGUCUGGCUCACCAUGCUUAGCAUGAUUGUGGGUGCCACGUGCUAUGCCAUGUUCAUUGGUCAUGCCACUGCCCUCAUCCAGUCUCUUGACUCAUCCCGUCGCCAGUACCAAGAGAAGUAUAAGCAGGUGGAGCAGUACAUGUCCUUCCACAAACUGCCAGCUGAUACCCGUCAGCGCAUCCAUGAAUACUAUGAACAUCGCUACCAGGGCAAAAUGUUUGAUGAGGAGAGCAUCCUGGGGGAGCUGAGUGAGCCACUGCGUGAGGAGAUCAUUAACUUCACCUGUAGGGGCCUGGUGGCCCACAUGCCCCUGUUUGCUCAUGCUGACCCUAGCUUUGUUACUGCCGUGCUCACCAAACUUCGAUUUGAGGUCUUCCAACCAGGUGACCUCGUGGUUCGUGAGGGCUCAGUGGGCAGAAAGAUGUACUUCAUCCAGCAUGGACUACUCAGUGUGCUGACUCGGGGUGCCCGGGACACUCGUCUCACUGAUGGCUCUUACUUUGGGGAAAUCUGCCUACUGACUAGGGGCAGGAGAACAGCUAGCGUGAGGGCUGACACCUAUUGUCGCCUCUACUCACUCAGUGUGGACCACUUUAAUGCGGUACUAGAAGAAUUCCCCAUGAUGCGGAGAGCCUUUGAGACAGUGGCCAUGGACAGGUUGCACCGAAUUGGAAAGAAAAAUUCCCUGCUUCAGCGGAAGCGUUCAGAACCCAGUCCAGGAAGUGGUGGUGGUGGAAUCAUGGAACAGCAUCUGGUACAGCAUGACCGGGACAUGGCCCGGGGAGUAAGGGGGCUGGCCCCAGGCGCUGGUGCUCGCCUGAGUGGGAAGCCAGUGCUGUGGGAACCCCUGGUCCAUGCCCCGCUACAGGCUGCUGCAGUCACCUCUAAUGUGGCCAUUGCUCUAACCCAUCAUGGGGCACCUCUGCCCCUCUCCCCAGACUCUCCCGCUGCUCUUCUUGCUUGCUCUGCUCGUCGAUCAGGUGGCUCACUGGCCUCACCCCUGGUGCCUGCUCGGGGACCCCCUUUGUUGGCUCGAGGUCCUUGGGCAUCAACGUCCCGCCUGCCCGCACCAGCAGCCCGGACUCUUCACGCCAGCUUAUCCCGGGCAGGCCGCUCACAGGUUUCCCUGUUAGGUCCCCCGCCUGGUGGGGGUGGACGGCGGCUGGGGCCAAGGGGUCGGCCACUUUCGGCAUCACAACCUUCACUUCCUCACCGAGCAGCUGGGGAGGGCUCCCCCGGGCGCAAGGGCUCAGGAGGCGAGCGCUUGCCUCCCUUGGGGCUCUCAUCCAGGAUCCCAGGUACCGCCCAGCCCCUCAGGCCUCCUGCCGCUGAUCCGGGUACCACCAAGGGCCCCCAACUUCCUGCUAACAUGUGAGAACUCCUGGGUACAUCUAGCCUUGAUUGUGAGAGAAGGUGUGGGUGCUUUGAUGUCUAUGGGUACCACGAACAAAGCAUCACACACUGUGGAUUGGAUGUCUCCCUUCACUGCUAAGUGGAAAUAGCCCUGCCUGACGUGUCUCCAUCACUGCCACAUAGAAGUAUCUCCAUACCCUUUGCUUAGAGCAUCUCCCUGGCCAUAGACCUUCCCAGAUAUAGGCACUUUGCCCUUUUCCCCACUCAACAAGGCAUGAGGAUCUUCUUAUCCUCAUCACUGCCAGGUAGAAAGAUGUCUUCUGUUCUCCCAGCUCCUGCAUCCCUCUACUCAUGAGCCCUUUCGGGGCAGACACCCCAUCAACUGCCUAGUGUGGCUACCUUCCUGUUCCCCCACCACUGCCAAAACCACAGGCCUCAUGCCCCUUGUUUGGGCAUUCCGCCUCUGCUCUCAUCACUGCCAUUUGUAGGCACCUACCCGUCUACGGCCCUCUCAGUGAAUACAAAUACCUGUUGCCCAAACGGGUAUCUCUUGCCAGCUUUCCUCUAUCCUAUCUUUGUGGUACAAAAAUCUUCUUGUGAACAAAGAGCCACAUCCUCCCUAUGCUCCUAACCAGUUGUGCCCCUGGGGAUGGGGAAUGUCCAGCCCCUCCCUAAUGAAUGUGCCAGCCUAGGAGCCCUAGCAGCUGAAUCCUUAGGUAAUUAAUGAUUUAUUUAUGUAUUGCCCUCUCUCUUAGGGGGAGGGGUAAAGACAAAGAGGGUUUCUCUCCUCUUGCCAGCACUGUGGCCCUUGCCUAGCUCCAUCAGCAAUACUAAGACUCCAGUUCCCCAUCCCCAUGGGGGGAUGGAAGGGCCACCUGGGGUAGGCGUGGGGGCAGUUUUUACUUUUAGGUGUCUUUUUUUCCUAUGCUGUGAGAGAGUGGGGAAAGGGUGAGAAUCCAAGUGGAGUGGGGGAAAGAUGGGAACAGGGUAGGGGAGGGGCAGACCAGCCAGCACCUCUGCCUUCUCAGGGAUACAGGAAGCCCCUCAACCUCCCCCUCUGUCCUUGUCUUCCCUUUCCAUAACAUUAGCCUAGGAAGAACAAGAGCCAGAACCCUGGCAUAAAGCUCCCCUGCCAAGCUCUGGGCUCUGGGAUUCUUAGUGUGUGUAUGUGUGUGUGCGCAGG